GGUGGUGGUGGUGAUGGUGGUGCUGGCAAGGGGAUGUAGAGUUCAUGGUGUCGGGGGUUCCCAGUUUGGGGAGUUGGCGAUUCUGCGGGGAGCUAUGAGUAUAUGGUCUUGAUGGUAUGGAUGUAUAUGCAUAGACGGGGGCAACAACAACGCGGGUUCCAUGGACAAUAUGAAGGAGGUGUGGGUCGCCUACUUAUCUGUUUGUUCGUUUGUUGGCUUGUUGGCUUGUUGCAUAGCGUCGGCCGGGGUAAACGAAAGAGCCUUCGGGGUUUUGCCAAACUCGUGUCCAAAAGAGAACUGCACCCCUCCUAUUCUUCGUGAACCUGUCCUCUGCUUUGCUGCUUGUGCAUACGUAGCUGGUUGGGGACGCCGCUCAGUCCAGCCCGAAGGGAUGGAAAUGGCGGCCUAAUUCACUCCGCUGCUUCCUGACGCAUAACAAGUCCGCGGCGGGAGCUCG